AUGACAGUAUUAGAGGCAGAAGAAGAUUCGGAUGAACGAUCCGUUCCCCCUAGGAAAAAAUUUUGCUUGUCACUUUCACGACGCGAUCAUACCAUUAACAAGACAAUUACACAGCCCCCUCAUUCUUCUACACGAGGGGGCUUCUACGAAGAUCAAGAUCUUCCUUACAGUACAGACAAAAUGUUGAAUGGAUAUCGAAGUCAAUUAGGGAAUCAUCAAGAUUUAUCAUAUGACAUCAUUGGAGGAGGUUCUGAUGGAUUGAGAAUAGCAACACUUUGUAAUCUUGGGAAUACAUGCUUUUUGAAUAGCAUCAGCGAGCUGAAUAAACCACGAAUCCAAGUAGCUACUGAAAAGCUUCAUGAAUUGUUCGUGGCUUUAAGGUUAAGUGAAACUAGAGAUAACUGUGAACCUUUUCAACCUGACGCUUUUCUUCAAGCUUUAAGGGAUGUUAAUCCAAUAUUUGAAGGUAAUCAGCAACAAGACGCUCACGAACUGUUAGUUUGUUUGCUUGACAAUAUCCGUGAGACAUUUCAAUUGUUAGUAAGGCAUAGAGAGAGUCAGUUUGGCCAAAGUAAUGGUGGGAUGAUUGACUUUGCAACAGAUCGUUUUGUUGAUAUGCCGUUUGAAGGAACUGGCUCUGGGAAACGCAGUAUGCGUAAGAAAAAAACUAAUAAACAUAAAACAACUCGUGGAAGCGCCACUUCUUUGACACAAACAAGUGUAAAUGGAUCGGCUAUUCCUACAAGACUCGAAAAUGGUCAUGCUGAUUUUAUGGGGAACAAUGGUGACCUGUUGUCUCAUAGGCCUGAAAGCAAAAAGUGUUUUAUUUCGGAAGAUUUUGAAGGUGUUAGUCUCCUGCGAACUACUUGUCUCGAAUGUGAGCAUGUUACAGAGCGAAAAGAAACGUUUUGUGACAUUUGUGUGCCCAUUGAAACUGGUAGAUCCAAUGAGAAAGAUGAAAAUGGGAAAUCGAUAGACGGCAGCGAAGUAUACAGGCAUUCUGUUGUCACUAGUGAGCUUCUAUGUGGUAGAGACAAAUACUGGUGCGCCAGCUGCUUGAGAUAUAACGAAGCACGACGUGCGGUCAGUUUUCCAUCUCUACCAAGGCUUUUAGUUCUUCAACUCAAGAGAUUUUCCACAGCGGCUGGCUCGAUGGAAAAAAUCAACAAUUAUAUGCCAACCCCUCUGACUCUGGAAUGUUUCUGUGAAGAAUGUAACAGCGAUUCAACCCAGGAAAGUUCAUCUAGCCGCAGUCAGUCAUCCGAAUCUCGGCACGUGUACAAACUCUACUCCGUGAUAAUGCAUCAAGGAGCAACAUCAACGGCUGGGCACUACAUUGCCUACACAAAAGUACCGGAGGAGUCGAUGUUUACAGAAUACUUUCGGUGUGAUCGAGAUGCUCGUCGUCAGAAUGUCACACAGAGCAGCAGCAGCAGUAACUCAACCACUUCGGCAUCAUCGAGUAUCCUCAAGUGUUUCCGUAGUAAAUCAAACAUGAGUGAGAACAAGGAACACUUGAUUAAAAUGGGUUGUAGGAGUAUGGAGUGCUGUGGGAUACGUCGUGUCAAAAAUAAUGCUAACACAUGGCUCGAGUGCGAUGAUGAGUUAGUUAGAGCCAUACGUGAACGCGAAUUACUUGAUAAACUAGCUCCCAAUCCUCGUAAUUCUGCGACACCGUAUCUAUUGUUUUACCAGGUAACAGUGGAUUUCAUGAGCAUGGUAUUCUCCGCCGCUACUUAUUUAGCGUUAGCUGGAGCGGCUUGGAUUUUUUUACGCCUUUUCCAGGCAUGCUUUUGGCUUCCGCGUCACCUCAAGCGGCAAAAUAAUUUGCAAGACAUGUUACAAGAAAAGGUGAGUAGUUACGAGAAGUAUAUACUUGAGUGCGAAGAAAAAGAAAAAGCAGCCGCCGAAGCGGGAGAAGCUGGCAACAGCGACUUGAUCGCUCUGGAUGACAAGGGCUCGCUCGAAGAAUGCGAGAGAAAACCUAUCCCGAUAGAUGAGAAGAAAUGGAAGGAGCGCCGAGAAUGCUUAGAGAUGCUGAAGAAAGAGUUGAAAAGAGUUAGUGAUGGUGGCGAUCCCUAUGACUGGGAACAUCUUCUUGAGGAAGAAGACGAGGAAGAGGAAGAAAAGAAGAAAGAAGAAGGAAAGUCCGAUGAAGAAAGCGAAAAGAAUGAUGACCUUCCGGAAAAAGAUCUAGAGGAGAAGAAAGAACAGUGA